CACUCUGAUUCUGUCUCGUGUGUGCACCUGUCUGCCACUGUUUGGGGUGCUCCAAUGAGUUUCCAUAUAGCCCAAGGUGACGGGCUUCUGUCUCAUUCAGAUUCCUGAAAAUGUGUUGAAGCACCCUAAGCAGUGGUAGACAGGUGUACACACGAGACAGUGUUUGAUGAGUAUGGCACUCUUUUCUGGGCGUGAUAGCUCUCCGGGCCACCUCAGACGGCGUUAAACGGUCACACACAUGGGCUAAGGUUCUUCCUUCUCCGAGCCCAACCAUCUGCCCUCCGAUCAACCUCCACACCCAGACUUCUUCACCUCCAAUUCACUACAGCUUCACUACAGUCACCAUGGCCCCCCGCGCCGCCAGCCAGGGAACGAAGACUCGUCGCGACAUCAGACGCAUGCAGCUUGACAAGCCUCAACGCGACUCCAUGGCCCCCUCCAACCCUGCCGCCACCAGCUCAACCCCGACGGGCAUCUUCAAGCCAACCGUCUGGUACUUCUCCGACCCCAUCGAAGCCCUCGCCUGGCUCUGCCACAUCGGCCCCGACCGCGCUGCUCUGCUCCGCACCAUCGACAUCCGCAUCGCACCCUUCUUCCAGGACUGGCAGGUCUUCGACAACUUCCUCGACGGCACCGUCUGGUUCAUCCUCUUCACCGCGCUCACCAAGCUCUGCACCAGCUUGCGCACCCUCACCGUCUACAUCUGCGAGCCGGACCGCGAGGCCAAGCUGAUGGGCUGGAAGGGCUACGGCCGGAGCCUGAUGGUCGCGCGGGGCCUCGCCACGCUGCGCGAGCUGUCGUCGCUGGAGCGCUUCGUACUGCGCGGGUUCUACGCGGCGCCGUGGCCGGACUACCUCAACAACAUCGCCGGAGUGCCUGUGACGGCCGAGUCCUUUCCUAGAGAGCAGGCGGCGCUAAAGCGAUACCAGCAGGGGACGGACAAGCUGGUGCCGCAGGAGAAGAAGGACGUGGAGGAGGGCGCGACCGGGGAGAGCCAGAAGACGGCGUUCAGGCGCUUUCAGAAGAUCGUGGGGAACGCUUGUGAUAAGCUGGAUAUGAAGCGGUUGACGGAUAUCUGCAAGAUGCCUAUGGAGGUCAUCAAAGAGGAGAAGAAGAUGGAGGAGGCGGACCUGAAUGCUCUCCUAGAGGCUGCGUUGAUGGAGGCAGAGGGGAAGGAGGUGGACGACAAAGCCAACGAUGUGGAGAAAGAUGAGCACAAAGAGGCCGAGUUGAAGGAGGCAGAGGCGAAGGAAGUGAGCGACGAGGCCAACGAUGUGGAGAAGAAGGAGCACAAGGAGUCCGAGUUGAAUGAGGUAGAGGCUAUGGAGGUGGACGACGAGGCUAAGGAUGUUGAGAAAUAAGAGCACAAAGCUUGAAUUGGCGAGACGAAUGCUCUCUUAAUGGCACAAGAAGGGCUUAACCCGGAGUAGCUUACAAAAGGUUUCUCUGAUACAAAAUCCUUUCCUCUAUAUGCCCGUCCCUUUUCUUGAGAAUGAUUCUGCAUCAUGCACUAGAUGUACAAUAAUACCAAGACAUAAGUUUGAGCACUCCUUGCAACUG